GGAACGACUCAACUUCGUCGCCAGAUGUUGCUCCCUUUCACCGUCGAUGUCAACAUCAUGUCCUACGAAACGUGUCGUCGCCUCGGCGUCGCGAUCCAGCCCUACUACGGAGAGGCCCUAGCGGCUGUUUCGGGUUCCGCAGACCUGAAACCCCUGGGCACGGCGGAGGUGGAGUGGUCUUUCUGCGGGCAGAACAAGCCGUAUCGCUCGGUCUUCUACGUGGUUCGCGAACUUGAGGCGGAUUUCAUUCUGGGAAACCCCACAAUCAAGCAGUUGGAAUUGCCUGGGACGGAUCCUGCAAUUGCGAAGAGAUUACUCGCGCUGGAACAACAGUGA